AUGUCGCCAACAGCCAAUCGAGGCCGACCCACUUACAAGAUCGCUUCCAUCCCAGCCGACGGAAUCGGGCCGGAAGUCGUGGAAGCCGGCAUUACCGUUCUCAAAUGCCUCACUAAAGCCCUCUACACAUUUAACCUUGAAUUUGAACAUUUCAAUUGGAGUUCGAACCUUUACCUCAAAACUGGGAAAUAUAUCCCGGACGGUGGUCUCGAGCGUCUAAAAGAAUUUGAUGCAAUUCUUUUCGGUGCCGUCGGUGCACCUAAUGUCCCAGAUCAUAUAUCUCUAUGGGGGUUACGAUUGGCUAUUUGCCAGCCGUUUCAGCAAUAUGCCAAUGUCCGACCCACAAAGAUUUUUAAGGGAACACAGUCUCCAUUGAGAAAUUGCAACCCUGGUGAUUUAAACUGGGUUAUUGUUAGGGAAAACUCUGAGGGAGAAUAUGCUGGCCAAGGUGGUCGUUCCCAUAUAGGUCAACUUUGGGAGGUUGCUACUGAAGUCGCUAUCUUCACCAGGCAUGCCGUGGAAAGGUUGAUACGGUUUGCAUUCGAAACAGCACGCUCUCGCCCUAGGAAACUCCUGACGGUUGUAACGAAGAGUAAUGCCCAGAGAAAUGGCAUGGUUCUCUGGGACGAGGUUGCUGAGCUGGUAGCCAAGGAUUUCCCAGAUGUUACCUAUGAUAAGAUGUUGGUUGAUGCUAUGACCGUGAGAAUGACGCUGAAACCGGAGACGCUUGAUACCAUUGUUGCCUCCAAUCUACACGCUGAUAUCUUAUCCGAUCUUGCUGCGGCACUGGCUGGAUCAAUAGGUAUUGCUCCAACGUCAAAUCUUGACCCGACAAGGAAGAAUCCUAGCAUGUUUGAGCCUAUUCAUGGUUCGGCUUUUGACAUUACUGGAAAAGGUAUUGCCAACCCUGUCGCUACCUUUUGGACCGCCGCAGAGAUGUUAGCCUGGCUAGGAGAAGAAGAUGCAAGUAAUACAUUGAUGGAAUGCGUCGAGCAGGUCUGUGAGAAGGGAGUUAAGACCGUGGAUUUAGGUGGAAAUGCGACAACAAUUCAAGUUACUGAAGCCGUCUGCGAGGAGAUUGAGAGAAGAUUAGGUGUUAGGAAAUAG